GCCCCUCCCUCUGGAGGCGGAGCGAGGAGGGACGUCAUGGGCCCUCCCCUGGCCCCGCCCUGCCGGAAGCGGCGAGGCGAGCAGCAGCAGGAGGAGGCAGCAGCCGCAGCCGCCGGGGGAAGGCGUUGAUGGGGAAGGCGGCCGGGCCGCUGUGUAGCGCCAGCACCCGGGGGCUGGUGGCCCUGCUCGGCGGCGCCGUCGUCCCCUGCCUGGCCUGCAAGCAGGAGCCCCCGCCGCCCCGCUGCCUCCGCCCGCCGGGCGCCAUGAGCCUGGCGGCGCUGGACUCCCCGGGGCCCCCGCCCGCCGCCCCGCUCGACACCUACAAGGGCUGGCUCUUCAAGUGGACCAACUACUUGAAGGGCUACCAGCGCCGCUGGUUCGUCCUCAGCAACGGCCUCCUCAGCUACUACAGGACUCAAGCUGAAAUGGCACACACCUGCCGUGGAACCAUCAACCUGUCAACGGCUCACAUUGAUACAGAGGACUCCUGCAAUAUUGUGCUUUCUAACGGGGGAAGGACCUACCACCUGAAGGCCACCUCUGAAGUGGAGCGGCAACGGUGGGUCACUGCCCUGGAGCUGGCUAAGGCCAAAGCCAUCCGCAUGAGGAACAACCAGUCAGAUGACUCGGGCGAUGAGGAGCCGGCCUCACAGUCUGACAAGAGCGAACUGCACAACACCCUAAAGAACCUCUCCAAUAAGCUGGAAGACCUCAGCACCUGCAACGACCUCAUUGCCAAGCAUGGGGCAGCCCUCCAGCGCUCCCUGAGUGAACUGGAGAACCUCAAGCUGCCUUCCGAGAGCGGGGAGAAGAUCAAGGCCGUCAAUGAGCGGGCCACCCUCUUCCGCAUCACCUCCAAUGCUAUGAUCAAUGCCUGCCGGGACUUCCUGGAGUUAGCAGACACCCACAGCCGGAAAUGGCAGCGGGUGCUCCAGCAUGAGCGCGAGCAGCGGAUCCGCCUCGAGGAGACCAUUGAGCAACUGGCAAAGCAGCACAACAACUUGGAGCGGGCCUGUCGAGGGGCACCAUCCCAUGGCUCCAACACCAGCAGCCACGUCUCCAAGGGGGGGAGCGUGCUGAGCGUGAAAGGGGAAGCCAGCGACGAAGAUGAGGAGACGGAGUACUUCGAUGCCAUGGAGGAUGCACAAGCUUUCAUCACAGUAGCUGCAGAUCCAUCAAAGCACAGACGCACUGGAAGUAACAUCAGUGGGGCCAGCGAGGGUCGUGCCGAUGACUGGAACUUGGAGGACAACGUGUUUGAGAGCUCCGAUCAAAGCACCCCAGACGUAACAAGCAAAGAUGCGGUGCCCAAGAAGAAGCGACGGAACCGAAUCCCGGACAAACCCAACUACAGCCUUAACCUCUGGAGCAUCAUGAAAAACUGCAUUGGCAAAGAACUGUCCAAGAUCCCCAUGCCUAUAAACUUCAAUGAGCCCCUCUCCAUGCUGCAGCGGCUGACAGAGGACCUGGAAUACCAUGAGCUCCUCGACAAAGCCGUCAAGUGUGAGAGCUCCACAGAGCAGAUGUGUUUUGUGGCUGCUUUCUCUGUGUCUUCCUACUCAACGACAGUCCACCGGACAGCCAAGCCGUUCAACCCGCUCCUGGGGGAGACCUAUGAGCUGGAUCGCCUAGAUGAGCUGGGUUUCCGGUCCCUCUGCGAACAGGUGAGCCACCAUCCUCCGGCUGCAGCCCAUCAUGUAUAUUCCAAGCGAGGCUGGACCCUGUGGCAGGAAAUCACCAUUGCCAGCAAGUUCCGGGGCAAAUACCUCUCCAUCAUGCCAUUGGGUGCCAUCCACCUGGAAUUCCACGCCAGUGGCAACCAUUAUGUGUGGCGGAAGGUGACCUCGACUGUUCACAACAUUAUCGUGGGCAAGCUCUGGAUUGACCAGUCUGGUGACAUCGAAAUCAUCAACCACAAAUCGAAAGACAAAUGCCAGCUGAAAUUCACGCCCUACAGCUACUUCUCCAGAGAUGUCCCUCGAAAGGUGACAGGCGUGGUGAUGGAUGCUGAUGGCCAGGCGCACUACGUCAUGUCUGGCACGUGGGACGAGAAGAUGGAGUGCUCCAAGAUUGUGAACAGCACCCAUGGCAGCACCAGCUCGGAAGGAAAGCUGUCCAAAACAGUCUACCAAACCCUGUCUCCCAAGGUCCUGUGGAAGAAAUACCCGCUUCCGGAAAAUGCCGAAAAUAUGUACUACUUCUCCAGCCUGGCUUUGACCCUGAAUGAGCCAGAGGAAGGCAUGGCCCCCACAGACAGCCGCCUGAGGCCUGACCAGCGCCUCAUGGAGAUUGGCAAAUGGGAUGAGGCCAACGUGGAGAAGCAGAGGCUGGAGGAGAAGCAGAGAGCAGUGCGUCGCAGACGGGAAGCGGAGGCAGCCGAGGCCCUGGAGGAAGGUAAAGACUACGAAGGCUACAUCCCGCUGUGGUUUGAGCGGAAGGUGGACCCAGCCACAGGAGAGCUGAUUUGCAUUUACAAAGGGGGCUACUGGGAGGCCAAGGAGCAACAGGACUGGAGUGCCUGCCCUGAUAUCUUCUGAGCCGCUGCUCCUCGCUGGGCCGGGAGGAGACCCCCACCGCCGCCCCCGCCGCCUCCUGCUCCUGCUCCCUCUCCUCCCGCCAUGGGUCACAGGAUUCGGGAGUUCCAGCGCUCCAGGCAUUGGCCUGCUCUCAGCGACACACAUUUCCAAGCAGCACACAGAGGUGAAACACGCACGGAUUUUUUUUAGAAAGAGAAACGCGACAAACCAAGCAGGGAUUCCAAACCUAUUUUUAUGCACUAAUAAAAUGGCAUUUGAUUUUUUUUUUUAAAGUGACUUUUUUAAACCCACCAAUUAGGACUGAGAGAUGAUGGGUCUUUUCCCCCCCUUUUCCUUUUCCAUUUCAAACCUGGCCUAGUUACUCCCACGUCAGGAGUUGCAGCCUCCCAUUCUUAGCCAGGGUUCGGACUUCCAAAGAUGAACGUAUUUGUGGGGGAACGAUAUACGCUGGAUUCUUCCUCCACCGUUCCCCCUCGCCCUUUCUUAUAUUUUUUAAAAGUCUCUAGAUCUUUCAGGUUCUUUUUUCUAAAGAUGGAAACAGCUCUUCGCCCCCCUUUUCUGUAUGGUCUCUAAAUUCUAAGGAAGAAAGGAAAUUUGGCUGGUGAAAAACCAGUAGGUACACUUUCCUCCUCGCCGUUUAGAGACUGUGCCCUUGGAGAAGGCUGGCAUGCCAGGAGAAGCUGGGAGUAAGUUCUCUUCCAUGCUUUUUGGAAUAGUCGGAUCCAGUAAGGGCCAGCGGGCGCAAUGUCUUUCUAUGCUUUGUCUUCAGAACCCACUCAGCAAAGCUGGCUCUAUGUUUCAGAAAGUUGUUUUGGCCUUUUCAUUGAGGUCCUUCCUCCAACCCUUGUCCUUUGCGGUCCCUAGCUGCCUGGUUUUUUGCGGAAGGACUUUCCAGGUGAGGUGGGGGAAGAAGAUGUUGGAUGAAGAGGUGGCUGUGGGAGUGAGCUGCAGCGGAGUCUUGGCAUACCUCAAAACCUUCUUUUCGGAGAUCUCUGUAGAGGAGCUGGCUCUCCCUGAGUCGAGCGGAACGGACGCCUCUCCAUCAUCUCCCCAGUGAGAACCAGCACCCUCCUUUCCCACACACCGCAAGGUUGUGCCAGCCCUUUUCUACUGCCACUGCUAGGAAGCUCCAGAAUCCACAUGGGCUUGGGCACCCACCAUCCCAGCAGUUGCCCCAAGCUUCAGUGGGAAGCAGUGGCCUCCAGUUGAGCAAAGGCAUGCUCAAGAUUCAGGAGCGGCGGACAAAGCUGCUGGUACGGAACAGAACCCCUGGGGGAGCUUCUCUGGUGCCAUCUAUAUGGAAAGCACACACACAAAUACACACAGCCUCUUUCCCUCUUCAGUGUCGUUGUCAUCUGGGGACAGGGAGAGAACGGGCUACGCCGGGAGGAGGCCGAGAAGGCACUGGAGACCCAGGUGGGACCCCAUGUCAGUGGAGAGCAGAAGCCAGCCUAGGCUUUUCCAGCCCAGGUGGGAUGCUGCCGCUCUCCCGCCAGCUGCGCAUCCGAACGUGGCAGGCAUCCCAGGCCUGGCUCCCAGCGCCCCUCCUGGCUCCCUACUCCUUCCUUCCUUGUAGGCCCAGUGGUGCUGGGGCCAACCAUCCUGCCAACCCUGAACUCUUACGCCACGGAGGCACUUGCUACCUGAUGACUGGCGAUGGGCACGCCCAUGGCCCAUUCCCUUUUCCGCCCAGGCCAGAAUGGUCUGGGUGGCUUUGGGUUUCAAUUGGGGCCUGGCCUUACGCCUCAGGGAGAGACGGCCCAGUCUUCAUCCAACCUGGCAGACUCACUUGGCCCAAAGCUGGAGCUGCUUGUUGUCUCGUGGAAGAUAGGGGCUUGGGACAAGAGCCUCUGAUUCGUGGGACAAGGGCUCUUGGAGACACAAAGUGUCCAUCCACGCUGCAGAAUUCAUUCGGCUUGACACCGCUUUAACUGCCACGGUUCCAUGCAAUGGCAUUCUGGGGAGUGUCGUUUACUCUGCUCUGGUGCCACAACAAACUAUAUAUACAAUCCCCAGAAUGCCAUUGCAUGGAGCCGUGGCAGUUAAAGCGGUGUCAAACCGGGUAAUUUCUGCAGUGUGGAUGCAGCCAACAAAUCCCUUCUGGCUGGUGGGUCACCUUUGUGGGAUUGAAACUGAGCAAUAACGAAAUGCAGGGUCUUCACAUUAAGAACCCCACACCGCCAUGCAUCUUCGCCAUUUGACCAGGAGAUCCCAGGGGGAUCCCCAACCGCCCUUGCUCUUCCACUGCCCCCGCCACCACGACUGAAACCAUUUCUAUAGGUAUAUGUACAAUGUGUACUAUUUAUGUAGUAUAUAAAUAUAAAUACAUAUAUAUAUUUAUACACCACCCCCCACAGUCUGUACAAAUAUAUGUAUCUAUACACACACACCACUGACGCCACUGAACUUAGUGUACCCUUCACUCUUCCGUUAUUUAUUUGCUUCUAAUUUAUAUAUAUUAUAUAUAUAUAUAAUCUCUAUAUAAAAAAAUAUAUAAUUAUUUUGUUUAAAUUUCUAUGGUACUUCACUAGGAGAUGAAAGAUUAUGAAGACGAAUCUCUCUGUCUGAAUUUUUUAAAAACGAUAAUAAUGAUGAUAAUAAUAAUAACAGUGCAAUGGCAUACUGUACCUUUGGAUUUCUCUGUUUGUUUGGGUGCAAUUUUUGUAGGGUGUGUUGUUGUUUUUUAAAUGAGCCAAAAUAGAAGCGUGAGGUUGACUGUA